AUGGAUGCCACGUAUCGCGACCUGGUGCUGAACGUGCCCCCGCCGAGCGGCAACAACAACAACCUCUACGACCAGAGCGGUCUGGACAGCCUCGUGACGGUCAUGCGCGCCAUGUACGCGAGCCGUCUGGGAGUGUGCGACUCGCCCUUGGGGGACGCCGAGGGCGCACAGCGGAACCCCAUCAUAAAAUACUCGCUCCGGUCCUUUGCGGGUGCGCGUAAGGAGGCCCAGGAGAUAGAGGCCAAGGACCUGGCGCUCAUAGACAUGGACAAACCGGAAAUAAACAAGCCCACUCCGCCGCCGACCUUUUUCAACCUGGCGACAAGCCGCCUUAUGAACGAGACGUUUUGGGCGAGGGAGGAACACAUCUUGUUCACGGCCAUGAUGCGGCCGUCGUGGGACGCCCCGUUCAUGACCCGCUUAGCCCCCACGAGGCCAGAGCUUCGCGCAAAGGCAGCCAGCGACAGUCUCUUACUCUUCGAUCGCGGCGCCAAGGACCGUGGCAAGACGCUCAACCAGUUCAUGGCGGAGCACUUCACGGCCGACGAGGAUCCCGACACCGGUGCGGUCACGCUGCGAAAGUGCAACGAGCCAGGGUUCAUCCGCAUCCUAUACCAGGGGAACACCAAUGAGCCACUGGAACUGGACGCCCUCCGCUCCAUCCAGGUGCCCGUCGGUCAGCUCGUCCAGACUGGAGACGGCAAGGGGACGGCGUACGACCCAUGUCAUCACAGGCGGGUAUACCACCUCCUCGCCGUAGUCCGACUCCGCAGGAGCACUACAGGCUGCGACUGGGUACAGGUAUUUGUGCCGCCGUCCAUUACUCCCGUCAAGCCAGUGGUGCCGUCGCCUUACAUCAACCGCGACGACUUGUGGAGUAUGGAUCAUGCGACGGGGCAAUACGGCGGGUUUAUGCUCUUUUAUCGAUGCAGCCCAAAAGAUGUCGAGCUGCCGUCCCAGGUAGACCAUAAAGUGCCCCAGGAACAGUCAGACGAGGCGAUUCAGAGGCUCGUUAAUAUACUAGAUAAAUAA